GAAAGGUUUCUCGUUUAAGUGGCGGUUUUGGACAAACGGAAUUGCAUGCACGUGUGAAUCUGUUGGGAGGGACAUGCUGGAGGGUCUUGGCUUUCCUGGAAGGAGGAGGAGGACGCAGAACUGGGGUGCUGAACUAAACAAUGGAACAUGGCUCCAAAGAUUACUACAGAGCUGCUUAGACAGCUGCGGCAGGCAAUGAAAAAUUCCAAGUAUGUUCCAGAGCCAAUUCAAGCCUACAUUGUGCCCUCAGGAGAUGCACAUCAGAGUGAGUACAUUGCGCCUUGUGACUGCCGAAGAGAGUUCAUCUGUGGGUUUGAUGGCUCAGCAGGAACUGCCAUUAUAACGGAACAGGAUGCAGCAAUGUGGACAGACGGACGUUAUUUCCUCCAGGCUGCUCAGCAGAUGGAUUCCAACUGGACACUCAUGAAGAUUGGAUUGAAGGAUGUUCCCACACAGGAGGACUGGCUUGUGAGUGUACUUCCUCAGGGUUCCAAAGUUGGAGUAGAUCCAUUCAUUAUUCCAGCAGAUCAAUGGAAGAGAAUGUCCAGAGUUUUGAAAAGUGCAGGCCACGCCCUUGUUCCCAUUGAAGACAAUCUAAUAGAUGCAAUAUGGAGGGAUCGGCCAUUGCGACCUUGCAAGCCCCUGAUGGUUCUAGGCAUGAACUACACAGGGAUCAGUUGGAAAGACAAGAUCACAGCUCUGCGAACAAAAAUGGCAGAGAGGAAGGCUCUCUGGUUUCUUGUUACAGCCUUGGAUGAGGUGGCAUGGUUGUUUAAUCUCAGAGGCUCUGAUGUUGAAUACAAUCCAGUGUUUUUUGCUUACGCUAUCAUAGGGAUUAAUACAGUCAGGUUAUUUAUUGAUGGUGAGCGCAUGGCAAACCCAUCUGUGAGAGAGCAUCUGUUGCUGGAUUCUACUCAGGAUGCUGAAUUUUGCAUCCAGCUUCUGCCAUAUGAAUCUACCCUGACAGUUCUAAAGUCCAUCUGUGAGACCCUCUCUUUGCACGAGAAAGUUUGGCUCAGUGAUAAAGCAAGCUAUGCUCUGACCCAGGCCAUUCCCAAGGAUCACCGCUACCUCACCCCUUACACUCCCAUCUGCCUCGCGAAAGCUGUGAAGAAUGCAUCAGAGGCUGAAGGAAUGAGGAGAGCUCAUAUCAAGGAUGCUGUUGCACUGUGUGAACUGUUUAAUUGGCUGGAGAAGGAGGUUUCCAAAGGCAACAUUACUGAAAUAUUAGCUGCAGACAAAGCAGAAGAGUUUCGUAGUCAGCAGGAGGACUUUGUCGACUUGAGCUUUACUACGAUUUCAAGUACAGGCCCAAAUGGUGCUAUCAUACAUUACAAGCCAACUCCUGAUACAAAUAGAAGUUUAUCCAUGAAUGAGAUCUACCUCCUGGAUUCCGGUGCCCAGUACAAGGAUGGAACUACAGAUGUGACAAGGACAAUGCAUUUUGGCACCCCAUCAGCUUAUGAAAAGGAAUGUUUCACCUAUGUGUUGAAGGGUCACAUUGCUGUCAGUGCAGCCAUAUUCCCCAAUGGAACUAAAGGUCACCUUCUGGACUCCUUUGCCCGAUCUGCACUGUGGGAUCAAGGCUUAGAUUACCUGCAUGGCACAGGACAUGGAGUUGGUGCAUUCCUGAAUGUUCAUGAAGGCCCCUGUGGUAUUAGUUACAAGACAUUUGCUGAUGAACCUCUGGAAGCUGGGAUGAUUGUGUCUGAUGAACCUGGUUAUUAUGAAGAUGGUUCUUUCGGCAUCCGAAUAGAAAAUGUGGUUCUUGUUAUUCCUGCCAAAACAAAGUACAACUUCAGCAACAGAGGUAGUUUAACUUUUGAACCCUUAACCCUGGUUCCAAUCCAGACCAAAAUGAUACACACUCACUUGCUGACCCCCAAAGAGUGCAACUGGGUGAAUGACUACCACAAAAAAUGCAGAGAGGUGAUUGGGGCAGAACUCGAACGACAAAGAAGACAUGAAGCUCUCCAGUGGCUCAUUAGGGAAACAGAACCAAUCUCUAAGACUCACUAACAGCAGUGUUCUCUCCCUCUUCCCUCCCAUUUAAAAAAAGUGAUUAUUUUUUUAAAAUUGCAAAAAUGGGAACAGUCCAACUUCACAACUAUCUGAGUGGUGCCACCCUGCCUUGAGCUGGCAGGAAAAAUGUGCUGCUUUCAUAAUGAUCAGGAAAUAUUGGAGAGAGCAGGCCAUGCAUGUGCAAGAGGGACUUGUUUUCUGGAGGCUUUUCUUCCCUCAUUUCUUUUCCUUGAUUGUGAACAGAAAUAAAAUCAGAGUUCUGAAAUCCACACCUUUAUAGUGAGACUGGGCCCACAAGGUAUAACGUAAAACCUGCACUGGAUUCAGGUUUCAUUUCCCAUGCUAUUGCAAAACCUGUACAGGGUUUAAUUUUCUAUGUUAUCCUCAAGCCCCUGCAGUUGACAACACUGCUUGGGGAAGGGGGUUGAGAACACACUUUGGGAUAAUUUUGUUACCUGUAAUACUUUGCACAGAGUAAGGAGGACAUUAUUACCCAAUGGUAUUGUUUCCAAAUGUUCUGACAACCAGUGAUGACCUGGAUAAUAGUUCAUGGAAAGGUUUCAAAGUCCAGCUUUACUGUAUUGCCAUCUUUUAAAUCAAAACAGAGCAAAGGGCAAGUUCACACAUGUAAGUUCAUGAUAAGUGACUGCAGUACCCCAGCUAAGAACUUCUCUAUCAGUUUCAUAUAAUCACAGCUCACAGGGACUGUCAAAGGAUGCCGUUGACAAGUUCAGUUGUGGGAAGUUAAGCAACUGAGCACAGAGUGACAGACUUGCAUAUGUGGACCAGCACUGACAACAGAAUGUACAGAUCUCUUCCUGGGAGUUUGUGAAUGAAACAAUGGUUAAUAUUUGUAUUAUAAGAAGUAUACCUAGUUUCAUAUUAUGUUUUGGAGCAACCCCCCCCCCCCUUCCCCUAAGAUGGUGUAUUUGAAAGUGUCAGGGAUGUGGAUUUCCUAAUAGGUGUAUUCAGGUGUCAGAAAUAGGUAAUGUGCAAAGUGGGUUUGAAGGAGUGAAACUUUUUAAACAGCUAAUGCUGUAUCUUUACUUUGCCUACAGUAAAUAAACAGGCUAUCCAAGUGCCAAUAAACAUUA